CAACCGCGAAAAUGCUCAUAUAAAUAGGGGAGGGGCUCAAAUCAUAACUUUAUAAACAAACAUGGCAUCCAAAAAGCUUACAGCUGUGCGGAAAGUAGAGAAAACAUCUUUAGGGGAUUCAAAGAAUUCUACCACCGACAAUGAAGUCAACAGUGGAAAUGACAGCGGUGCAAGGAGGAAAACCAAAACCUCUGGCACAAUUGUGAAGUCCCGGUACAUGCAAACUGAACCGAAGGCUCAUGCAAAGAAUGGUGUGCCGCAGCAAUCAACCCUGGUGCCACCCAGACCUUCCUCACCCAGAGUCAGCAGCACACGGAAGCUGAGAGAAGGCAUGCAGUCAAGACGUACACUGAGUACACUGGCAGACGUUAACUCUACCUUGAUGACCAGCAUUGUAGAAUCCUUAAAUUUGGGGGAAAAUAUCAUCAUGCAGUCGACUGUGUUGGAUGGCCACUGCAUACGUCCAGAUUUGGAUGUCUCUGUCAUCAAAGAUAAAGUUGUGCCGCCAAGCACAGGGGACUCCAAAAAUGAUGAAAGGAGCCUGGCAAUGGAAACAUUUUUGUUGGCCUUCCUCACUGCUAAGAUUGAGCAUAAUACUCAGAAAUUGAGAGAGGAGGCGGAGAAGAAUAUUCUGACUGUUAUGGAGAAAGAGCGGCAGUUGCACGCACAAGUGAAUCGCAAGACACGGCAGUGUAUGCUUCUGGAAAAGCAGAAACAAAUCAACAAUUUGCUGGAUUUACAAAUUGAGUCUUUAGGCCCUAUUGCUGCUGCAGCAAACAAGUUUUCAGAGGAGUACGAGUCUUUUGCCACAGCAAUUGAUGCCACAAGGCACAAGCUCCCUGUGAAGAAUGUGCACAUUGGAGAAGACACGGGGAAGUUCUUAGACAAAGCAGUAGGAUAUCUGAAUCGGAGUGAGCGUACCUUGCAACAGUAUACGCAGGACAUUCCCACAGACUGUGAGGCAUCAGCAGAGUGUCUCGGAGAGAUGAAGAAUGCAGCACGUGAGAUCAGCCAGCAGUUGACAAAGACUUUCUCUGCACUGCUGGAGGUGUCUUCACUAGUAAGACAUGAGAAAGUUCUAGUACAGCAAUCACUGGAGGAACAUCAGAUGGGAUGGGACACAGCACAGACUCUCUUCUGAUCCUCCAUGUCAUGAUACAAACCGAAGAAUUAUAUUGUUGUCUUGCAUUACGUCAUUGUUUCAGGUUUGACAUUGAUUACAAAUGUAGGUAUCUCAUGUAUUCAGAUUGAUAUCAGUGAUGGUGUGGAUUUAAAAAUAAAUAGAUAAGUGGCAAAUUAAUUCACAAACAUUUUAAAAGAAAAUGCAUGUAAUUAACUUUUAUAGAUGAGAAAUAGUUUUGUACUGGGUUUAUUAUUAACAAGGCUAUGGAGUUAUUUGCCUAUUCAUUAAGCAUUACAAGUCGAUUUAGUCAUGUCAUCACCUUGCAUACUAUUACAUUGGAAGUGUUGCAUAACUGAAGCACUGAGAGCAAUCUCUCUAAAACAAUUCACCUAAUUUUCGAACUCUGAAAUAUUUCCGGUGAGUUCUGUUGGCGUUAACCCCAAGGUAAAUAAUCAGAGGAGAAAUAACAUCAGAAUGUAGUGGUGUGGGUUUAUGUGUCACACAACCACAGGAUGUAGAGCAGAAUAAUAUGUUAAUGUUGGAUGAUUUUCUAACAACAAUUUCUGAAGGUGAUGGUUUUUAAGUCAUGCUGAAUGUGAGGUUGACAUGUCUAUGGACUAUAUACCAGUAAUUAGAACAUGUACUCUGGUAAGAAAGGAGAGAAUGGUGUGUUCAUUAUUUUGCUAAGGUGAAAUAAGGUGCUGUAAAGUUGAAGCCAUAAAAGUUAGCCUGUGCAUGCUGACUGAAGCUGCUUGUCUUUUGUUCCAGUUGUUUGAUGACUGUCAGUUUCAGCACUCAUUUUAUUCCAGUGUGUAAUGAAACUGCGAUUUAUAACCGCAAAGAGGAGGAGGAGUAGUAGUAGUAGUAAAUUUUAUAUUAUAAUCAUAAUGACAUUAUUAUAAUGAAUGAUAAUAUCUUGUCAUAUAUUGCAAGCUUGAAAUUAUAAAGCAGCAUAAUUUAAUAUUUUUGUACCACCUAAAAUAACUAGAAGUGGCUUACACCGGAAGCUGUUAACACUCCAGUUUGAAAAUGGCUGCGCCCAAAUUUCGUUGUAAAAUGAGGUCCAGCCUUUAAUGCAUGUGCAUUACCUUGCCUGAGAAACAAA